AUGUCAUGUAGUCAACUCCAAAAGGCUACCAUCAUUCGAACUCCAGCACCCCAGGCCCAGGCCCCAGGACCCCAGCACGCCUUUCCACAAGACGGCAGAUUGCAACAUUGCAACGGCUUCUUAACCUUGGGAAAGUGCCCUUGCCCUCACCACUGGAUCACCGUUGUUCCAGGUUCGGAGAACACCAGAAGAAGCACAGCAAGUACAAAAAGGAAAGGCGCCCACAAUCUUGGGCGAGUCAAGUCGCUGGAUGCUCCCGAUACUAGUCCCGCCGCGGAUGGAUCUGUCAGCGCAGAAGAUGAUACCCAUCCCUCAACAUCAUCCGAAUGUGAUUCGAAGGUUAAAGACAGCGGUUGCUCUGGAGCCAUAACUCCUGGUUCUAUCAUCAUUGAUAUUGAAGAUGCCAACGAAGAUAGCCCGAGCCAAGGAAGCACAGUUGCAGUCAAACCCAUCGAACCAAAUCGCCAAGAGUCCCUGCCCGGUGCAUGGGCUCAGUGCCCCAGCAAUGAUGGAUCACGGGAUGGUACCUCCACCCAAGAUGACGAAGAUACACCUUGUUUUGAUGACGAUAACACCGCUGCGAGCCAGCCGCGAUCAGAUGCUCAGUUGAGGGACAGCAAUCUCGUGACAGCCAUUUCGGUUGACGAAGAUGAAGAAUCACAUUUCCCCACAGCAGACCCUGUGCAACCACCACCAGAGGAUAAGGAAAUUGGGACAGAAAGUCAACAGAAGUGCUUCUUUUGUCUACUCUUUGUCAUUCUUGUGGUGGCAACAACGGCUACCCUCUUGGCAGUUGCAAAAAAAGAUGAGGGAAAUGAUACUGCAAGCACAAACGACUCCGCUCUUUACGAUACGGAUACUGGUGAGCAGAUUUCUCCUGCGGACUAUGUGUCGCGGUUCUUGCCAAGUGACACACUCCAAAGGAUUGAGAUGGAUCCAUUCUCCCCUCAGGCAUUGGCGUUUGACUGGUUGAUUCAAGAUCCAUUCCUCUUCGGGGGCAACUAUUCUUCUGAUUCCAGUUGGCGCUUGCCACAAAGACUUGCAUUGGCAACCCUCUACUUUUCGUUGGGUGGUGAGGGAUGGCCCAUCCAGGACAACUGGCUUUCAUAUGACCAUGACGAGUGCACCUGGGACUUUCCUGGUUCCUUCUAUUUUGACGUGCCUGAGCUGACCUUUGCUCUCGCAACCAAGACUCCCUGUGAUGAUACUGGGAGAUACAUUAAUCCCAGGCUCAUCAGUCGAAACAAAGUCGAGGGCCAGAUCCCGGAAGAGCUUGAUCUCCCUCGAGUCAGUGGACGUUUCAUUCAAUGA